UUCUAAUAGGAGAAGAUAAGGCGUUUGAAUUUGCUGUUAGAUUACUCAAAUUCAAUUGCUAUGGAGCUUAUGGUUUUGCACAUUCGCAAUUAGAAAAGCGCUUUGCUGGCUCCCUUCCUUGUAGAAAGGCAAAGGCAAAUAUGGAACUGGCCAGCACUGCAAAUGGUGGUUGUAUCAUGUGGUUCUUUAGGGAUAGAGGUUUUGAUGACAAGAGCAUACGUGAAAUGUUCAGAAAGUGUAAGCGACUUGAGGGCGUGCAAAGGGAAAGAGCAUCUGAAAAUUGGAGUUACUUGAAAAGCAUUGGUAUUCAAGAGAGAAAGCUCCCUUAUGUUGUUUCUAAGUGUCCUAAAAUUCUUACUCUUGGCCUCAAUGAGAAGCUAAUCCCAAUGGUUGAGUGCCUUUCUACACUAUCUGCAAAAAGAAGUGAAGUUGUUUCUGCCAUAACCAAAUUUCCUCACAUACUUUCUCAUAGUCUGGAAGAGAAGCUCUGUCCGCUUUUAGCAUUCUUUCAGGCAUUGGGUGUGCCUGAAAAGCAACUUGGCAAGAUAAUAUUGCUAAACCCAAGGCUUAUCAGUUACAGCAUUGAUUCCAAGCUGACAGAGAUUGUGGAUUUUCUCGCUAGUCUUGGCCUUGCCGGAGAUGGAAUGAUUGGUAAAGUUCUGGUGAAACAUCCUUUCAUAAUGGGUUAUAGUGUUGAGAAAAGGCUACGACCUACUUCAGAAUUUAUGAAGUCAGUUGGUCUCACAGAGUUGAAUCUUCAAACAGUGGUCAUGAACUUCCCUGAAGUUUUGUGUAGAGAUGUGGACAAAACCCUGCGACCAAAUCUUGCAUAUUUAAAGAACCGUGGAUUUGAGGAUAGACAAAUAGCAGCUUUGGUCACUGGUUAUCCUCCUGUUCUAGUCAAGAGUAUAAGAAAUUCUUUGGAACCUAGGAUGAACUUUUUGGUGGAGGUAAUGGGGAGACAGAUUGAUGAAGCUGCUGAAUAUCCCAACUUCUUUCAGCAUAGUUUUAAGAAGACAUUGGAAUUGCGACACAAACUUUUGAAACAGAAGAAUAUAGAGUGUAGUUUGAGCGAGAUGCUGGAAUGCAAUCAAAAGAAGUUCUUAAUGAAGUUCGGUUUACUUGAACAAUGUUCCUGAGAUUAAUGUGUUCUUGCAGUUCCUUUAUCUGUGAGUGAAUUCAAUUUUUACAUUGAUUCAACUCUUAAUGAGAACUCAAGUUUGUUUCCUGCAUCUGUUUGGAAAUUUGUUCACUGUUAUAUGCGUAGGAGCAUUCUACUUUAUUGUAGCCACAAUUAAAAGUAGCUUGUGUUUAUUAGAGAUUUUCUUUAAUCCCAGAGGAAUUACUUCACAUGUUUCCUAUAAUGAAAAUUUGGCGAUGCUACUAAUGUCAGUUGUUUGAACAUAUGAAACUCUUAUAGUACAACUAUUGGAUUCAAUC